AUGAAGACACUGUUUGAAGAGAUCAAAGCAUCAAUUAAAAAUAACUAUAACCAAGAUCGCUCAUUUUGGAGGCCUGUUAUUCCUUGGGGAGGUGUUUUUACUAUCAAAGCUGGCCGCAAAGCAGUAUCCUGUACCCCACUCUAUGUUGAAAUAAGACUGAAAAAUACCUGCACCAUAGAUGGAUUCUUAAUGUUACUCUAUGUCAUUCUUCGAAAUGAAAAUUUUCCCAGAGAACUCUCUCUUCAUUUAGGUAGAGAGUUUAUAGACUGUUUUCUUUAUUUAAUGGACACCUAUAGUUUUACAACUGUGAAGCUACUUUGGAUUUGGGACAAGAUGGAAAAACAGCAAUAUAACUAUGAAGUUUAUAAAGCUUCAUUAAUAAUUGAUUUGUUUGGAAAUGAACAUGAUAAUUACAAAAAUCUUGAAAAUCUCAUGUCUACCAUACAAGAGAGUUACUGUUCCAACUGGCGAUGCCCAACUCGCGUGCAGGAAGAUCAGCAGCGCACAAUUACUAUAAAUCCUCCCCAAGAAAUUCCACAUGGAAACUUGAUACGACUGGCUGUCGAUGAGUUAUUCUGUUCCAGGAUUGAACUGUGUGAAGAACGUGGGUGUGGUGGUUUAAGAGAAUUCUCCCAACGAGUUUUCUGCCAUGGGGCACCUCCUUUUGUUGUCUUAAAUAUGCAGCAUUGGAAAUCUGAAGAUCUGGCAUAUGUACCCUAUCACUUGGAUUUAUCUGAUCACAAGUAUUUGUUGGAAGGUGCCACAUUAUUUAACAAAGAAGAACAUCAUUAUUCUGCAGCUUUCCAGAUUGAUGGACAUUGGAUGCACUAUGAUGGCCUCAGAAAUGUGAAUUUAAUUUUGCUAAAUAAACCCCCAGAGUUUCUCCUGUUGUCAUCAUUGGUUUAUAUUCGAGCAACAGAAAAAUAAAUAUAGACUGAUGCUAAAUUUAAUUGUUUUCCCUCCUGCCCAUUCUCCCCAAGAUGAAGGGCUUUUAUUUUGUAUAUUCUUGGUAUCCAAGGAAAUAGUUCAACUAUACUAGUUUCAGAGUUGUAUUUUCCAGUGUUUAGUCCCAGGUAAAUGUUUUAUAUAGAGAAUCUAUGCAAAAAUGUUAUAUUUCUUUUUUCUAUAUCCAGGUUUAUUUUUAUACAAGCAUAUUUAUGUUGAAAUAAAAUAUAUCUUUGUAUUUUUUAUUUAUAUGUACCUCAAAGAUUUUUACAAUUCUGUCCAUGAAUCUAAGAAAACACUUGUCAUUUAAAUUCUCAACUUUGAGGGCGAGGGUUAUAUCCAAAUGAAACCUGGGUAGAAGUCAGUGUUUCUGUUUCUAUAAAUUUCACAGUUCAAAAUGUGUCUGACAAUAUUCCUUUGCCCUACCUCACUCUAAUCCAAAGUGCAUUACUGGACCUCGUAUAUGUUUGAAUGUACAAGUCGUAGACAGCUUAGUCUAUUUUACCUGUUGUUUUGCCUAAUUUCCCUGAAGCAAUUUUUAAAAUUUUGAUGAGAAUGUUUUCUGGGCUUGAAUGAUUUCUUUAUAAUGGCAAAUUUCUUUAACCACACUUGCUGAAGUAUUAUAAACCUGCCAGUGGAUCUGAAGUAUUAACUAAGUUCCUAAGCCUAGUUAGAGUUAUUUUUAAAAAUAAAUCAUAUAACUAAUCUAAGCAGUUAUCUCAUAAUUAAAUAUAAUGGAACUUCUCCAAUAAAAAUGUAUUUUGCACAUAAGACAAAUAUAAAAAAUUAAGCAACUGGAUGUUUACAAAUUUUGGGUUAACAGUAGAAAUGUAUUUUAAAUAUACUUAAGAGAACAUGGGUACUUGGAAGUAUUUUUCUAGUAAGUCAUAUUGGCACAGGAAAAAAAAAUCAAAUUUUUCAAGUAACAUCUGCUGACUCCUUUAUGAGUAGUAUAUUGGUAGCACAAGCCUUUGAUUUGCAAUAGAAAUCACUAGAAUUGUAAAGAUAACAGAAUAUUGUGUUUCUCUUCAAAGACCCUAAGGUUUCUCACUCUCUCUCUUGAAAUUUAAAGGGAAAAAUUAAAUAAUAUUCUUAAGGGAAAAUACAUUUUGAAGUUUAUUAUAAUUUUUUUUAGUGUUACAUUUCAUUUAAACAGUCCACCUUAGUUAGCUUUGGGUUGAGAUUGAGUGCACUAUAUUUGGAAAUUUCUACAUGAUAACCCAGGUCACUGCCAUAUACCAAAUUGCUAGGUUUAAUUCGUAAUUGUCUUACAUUGGCAUGGUUGCCAUGUUGAGAGAACUUGCUGAAGAAUGUAUAAAUGUGAGUGAAACAUUGCUGAAAAUGCCUCACUUUGAGAAAAUACUAUGAAAAUUCCUUUUUUACAUGAGAUAAAAAGUAGUGAUUUAUUUUACAGAAAUAAAUUCACCCUAGUGUUUAUUUAAAUAGUUCCCUGCAUGUAUUUAAAUAGGAUUGAUUUACAGUAAACUUUUCUGGGGACACUCUAUUGCAUGAAUCAAAGUAUGCAAAAACAAAUUCUAGCAUAUACAUAAAUGGUAUCAUUAGCAAAAUUAUUCCUGCUGCAGAUUUAUUUUUUUUAGAACUUGCACUUUAAUUGUAAUGAUACUAGUUUAUCACAAAACAAUGACUUACCUACCUCACAGGGUUGUUGUGAGGAUUUAGAUGUUUGUUAAAAUCUUGACUACCUUGAACAUGCUAAUAAACAUUUUUUUCUACCUCUUUCACAUACA